UCACGUAGGAAAUAAGAAAAUGAAAAUAUCUUAAGAGUAAAAACAAAAAAGGAGUUGAUAGAAGAGACGUGCCAUAAAGAUUACAGAGGCCCCAAAUCCAUACCGUUCGUUCACGUGGCAGACAUGAAACGUCUCCUCUUCUACGCAGCUCUAACUUCCAUAUACACUCACAUGCAAUUUCCCAUUUCUCUCUCUCUCUCUCUCUUGCAAGCCGUGAAAUCGGAAUUCGUGAUUCGUUGAUGAUAAUGAUCAGAUUACGCGUCGCUGUCUGAGAAACAAAUAUCUCAGCGAAUUCACUGGAGGAAGCUGCGAUUAACUUGAUUUUCGCAGGUUUGAUUUUAUCGGGAGAGUAAUGACGCUUCAGCUUUCCACUACUCUUUGGAGCAACGGCAAUUCCGCUCUCGCCUCCCGCCCAACUUCCGUCCGUUGCAGACCGGAAUCAAGUGAUAGAGCGUCGCACUUGAAAGCUUGCCAGCGGGGAGUUUUCAGUGAGGUCAGACAAGAUUUCGGUGGAAGUCGCCGAAUGGGUUCAUCUGUGCACGCAACUCGAGCUGGUGAGCAGAGUGUGGCGAUAGAGGAACAAGCACUCCAGAAAACAGAGGGUCCCUUGCUGAAAGUUUUCCCAGGACAAUCACACCCUUUAGGAGUGUCGGAAGUUGAAACUGGAACUAAUUUUGCGAUUUUCUCUGAAAAUGCUACUACAGUUACGCUCUGCUUAAUUCUGCAAGAGAGGGGAAUGCAUAACAAACUUGAAGAAGGGAUGGUUGAAUUAUCAUUGGACUCGCAAGUAAAUAAGACUGGAGAUAUAUGGCACAUCUGUGUUGAGGGUUUGCCACGUAGCAAUGUCUUAUAUGGUUACCGUGUUGAUGGCCCUCGAGAUUGGCGUGAAGGACAUCGCUUUGAUUACAACAAUGUUUUACUUGAUCCAUAUGCAAAAUUGGUUGAAGGACGCCGAGUCUUCGGUGAUGCUAGCAAUAAGAUGUCUAAAUUUUUUGGGACAUAUGAUUUUGAUAGCUUGCCUUUUGACUGGGGAGAGAACUAUGAGCUUCCAAAUAUACAUGAGAAAGAUCUUGUUUUGUAUGAAAUGAAUGUAAGGGCCUUCACAGCUGAUGAGUCCAGUGGAUUGGAUUUACAUGUACGUGGCAGCUACCUUGGCAUGAUAGAGAAGAUACCACAUCUUUUGGAGCUUGGUGUCAAUGCAGUUGAGUUGCUCCCUGUGUUUGAGUUUGAUGAGAUGGAGCUCCAAAGGCGCCCAAAUGCAAGAGAGCACUUGAUCAAUACAUGGGGCUAUUCAACUGUAAAUUUCUUUGCACCUAUGAGUCGGUAUGCAAGCAAUGGUGGAGGACCAAUUAAUGCUUCCCAAGAAUUCAAACAGAUGGUUAAGGCUUUCCAUGAUGCUGGAAUUGAGGUAAUUUUGGAUGUUGUUUACAAUCAUACAAACGAAGCUGAUGAUGCACAUCCAUAUACUACUUCAUUUCGUGGCAUAGACAACAAGGUUUAUUACAUGAUGGACUUCCAACAAAAUGCUCAGUUGUUGAACUUCUCUGGUUGUGGAAAUACAUUGAAUUGCAACCAUCCUGUCGUCAUGGAACUGAUACUUGACAGCUUGCGGCACUGGGUCACUGAGUAUCACGUGGAUGGGUUCCGUUUUGAUUUGGCUAGUGUGCUGUGUCGAGGAACUGAUGGUUCUCCCCUCAGUGCUCCCCCAUUGAUCAGGGCAAUAGCCAAGGAUAGUAUCCUCUCAAGAUGUAAGAUCAUUGCAGAACCUUGGGAUUGUGGAGGGCUAUAUCUUGUUGGAAAAUUUCCGAACUGGGAUAGGUGGGCUGAAUGGAAUGGAAUAUACCGUGAUGACAUUAGAAAAUUUAUAAAGGGGGACACUGGUAUGAAAGGAAGCUUUGCUACUAGGAUUUCUGGUUCUGCUGAUCUGUACCGAGUCAAUAAGCGCAAGCCAUAUCAUGGCAUCAAUUUUAUAAUUGCCCAUGAUGGUUUUACAUUGUAUGACCUCGUCUCAUACAACUAUAAGCACAAUGAUGCCAAUGGAGAAGGUGGAAAUGAUGGAUGUAAUGAUAACUUUAGCUGGAAUUGUGGUUUUGAAGGAGAAACUGGAGAUCCGAAUAUUAAGGCAUUGCGUAUACGGCAAAUGAAAAACUUCCAAGUAGCACUGAUGAUAUCCCAGGGAACUCCUAUGAUGCUAAUGGGGGAUGAAUAUGGUCACACUCGUUUUGGAAAUAAUAAUAGCUACGGACACGACAAUGCUCUUAAUAAUUUCCAAUGGGGACAACUGAAGGAUAAGAAAGACAAUCUUUUUCGGUUUUUCUCAGAGAUGAUUAAGUUCAGACGGAGUCGUCAUGUCUUUGCUAGAGAAAAUUUCAUUGACAAGCAUGAAGUCACAUGGCAUGAGGAUAACUGGGAAAAUUAUGAGAGUAAAUUCCUCGCUUUUACGCUGCAUGAAGACAAUGGAGGUCAUAUUUAUGUGGCAUUCAAUGCACAUGACUACUUUGUUAAAGUUUCUAUACCCUCUCCGCCACAAGGAAGACGGUGGUUUCGUGUGGUGGAUACGAAUCUGGAGUCCCCAAGUGACAUCGUCCCAGAGGGCGCUCCAGGCGUAAAGGAGACAUAUAAUGUGGCCCCCUACUCUUGUAUUGUUCUUGAAGCGAAGCUGUAGAUAGAUGCUGCUUGCUGCAUUUUGAGGUCGAAAGUGGAGUUGGAUUCUUUUCAAGUAAAUGAAUCUCGUUCAACCCUGAAUAAGAGAUAUUAGUGUGCGAGAGCUAGGAUAUUUAGUUUUAACAGCUGAAAUAAUUUUGAAGUUAGAACACAAGGUAUUAAAGAUUACACAAAUUCACUGUCAAAACAGAUUCUUGAUUGAGCCAAUAAUUCCGUACAAAUUUUAGGCCA